CAGACACGAUGUUGCACGCACCUUCCAGUUUUGAGGAUGACAAGCUCCCGCCACAAUGAAAUUCUUUCGAAGAAACGAGCCUGACCCUCGCGUUGCGGAGUUGCAGGUGGAGCUCGAGAAUGCAAACCAAAUUGCAAAAGAGGCAAGCGAACGAGCGGAGGCUGCGACAAGAGAGCGCGAGCAAAAUGACGACGCGCUCAGGCGGCUGCUGUCCGACCACUCCCGCCAGCUGGCCGAGGCCCGCCAGGCCGCCAGCGCCAGCCGCGACCAUGCCUCUGUGCUGCUGGAGGACAAGUCACGUCUGCAGGCCGAGCUCAUACAACACCUGCAGUUGCUGCGGGCUCGCGAGGAGCGACUGGGGCUGUUGCGGCGUGACCUGGCCGACUCAGAAUUCGAACGCGACCAGCUGCGGAUAGCGCUGAGGUGCACUGCCGACUACAGUCUGCAACUCGAGUCGGAGCGCCGGGCGGCAGAUGCAGCGGUGGAGGCGGCGGCGGAGCACCUACGGGAGCUGGCGGCGGCGGCGGGCGUGGUGGCGGCGGCGGCUGUAGGGUCCGCUGCGGCUGCUGCUGAGGCGGCAGAUGCUGUCGCCGCGUCAGCUCAAACGUCUGCUGCUCAGGGGCAUACCCACAUUGCUAGCUUGUCAGCUGACGCCCACAACUUCAGCGGCAGCAGCAGUAGCAGCAGCAGCAGCAGCAGCCGGGCCGCAAGAGGCGCGGCCAGCGGCGCCGCCCCAGACGCAUCCGACCAACAGGCCAGUGCAUUGCCCGCUGUGAACAGCAAGAGCAGCAACGGGCCCAGGGCGGCGGGCGAGGCAGCGCCGCAGUCGACCGAGGCGAGGCCGGGAACGGCCGAGAGCGACACGGGCGGCAGUGGCGCCGUCGCGAUAGCUGCUACAGCCGCCAAGCGCUCCGCAGACCUGGCGGCGCGGCUGCAGGCUGCUACAGCCCUCCUGCCGGACCGGCUGCGGCAGCUGCUGCAGGCACUGCUGCGGCUGCUAGAAGACCCUGAGGCUGCAGCUGCGGCGGCAGCGGCAGCGGCGGUGGCGACAUCUGCUGGGCUCAAGGCGCGUGCUGCGGAGCCGGUUGCGAUAGCUGCGGGUCGCGAGAGAGCGCUGGUGGUGGCUGAGGCCGCGUCAGCAGCAGCGGCAGAGGCCGCGGCAGCGGGGUCAGGCGGUGCAGGCUUGCGAGCGCGGGCGGCGGUGGCGACGUGCGGCGAUGAGGGUGCUAGGAAAGCGGCAGCGGCGGCGGUGGCGGCUGAUGGCGGCGGCGCGGUGGCUGUGGGUGGCGGCUCUCCGCCGCGGGCGCCGCCGACGCCGCCGUCUGCCGGGCCACAGCCUCUGUCCGCGGAGCAGCGGACGCUGCUGCUGGCGGCGGCGGCAGCGGCGGCAGUGCCGGCGCGCGGGCGGCGCACUGGCGGCGAGGCUGCGGCGGACUUUGACGGCGGGGUGGGCGGCCUGAGGGACUGGGGCCUGUGGCGGCACGCGGAGACCGCGGGCAAGCAGGUGUCCGCGGCAGCCGCCACCGCGACGAUAGCGGGCGAGAAGAAGGCGGCAGGCCGGGACGUGAGGGGCGGUGGCGGCGCGGGCGCACGCAGAUCGGGUGCGUUGACGGAGGUCCUCCGCGCUCUCGCCAGUCCGCCAGGAGCCGCAGCGCCGCCGUUGGCUGCGACUCUAGGGCAACCCGGCCCAGCCACCGCCAGCGCCGUCGUGGCGGCGGCGCUGGAGGCGGCGGCGGCGGUGCGUGCGCUGUCAGGGGACGUCAACGGCAAUGGUCUGCACCGCCACAGCAGGAUGAUGCCCUCCCCCAGCUCGACGCCCGCGCCGCCAUCGCCUUGGGGCCGCGGCGCCGCGGACGCCGCCGCGGAUGUCGCCGCCGACGCCAGCGCCUCCGGACUGCAUGCGUACCAGCACCAGCAGCUGCCGCCCAGCCCCACCCCGCAGUCUCUGGGCCUGUCAGCGGCGUUGCCGGGCUGGGCGUUGCCGGUGGGCUGCAGCACCGGCACCACGUGGCGCGGCGGCAGCGGCGCGGCCAACGGCGGCAGCGGCGGGGGCGGCGGCGCAGGGACAGUCGUGGUGGCGGGGCGGCGGCUGCCGGAGUCCUUGUCUCCAGCGGGCGCAGGCGGCUCGGCGUUGUCGUUGGGGGCAUCCCCCGUUCCCAGCAAAGGCCCCAGCCUCAGCGGCGCCUGCGGCAGCGCUGGUGGCGGCGGCACGCCGACCGGCACAGCCGUUGGCACCGCGCCGGUAUCCCCUGCGCGCGUGUCGCCAAGCGGCGGCAGCGGCGGCGGCGGCAUAGGCGCCAUCCUGGCAGGGCUGCAGACAACAGAUUCGGGCGGGAGCGCCGCCGGGCGCGGCCUGCCGCCGCCACCGCACUCGCCUACAUCCCUGUCGCCCAGCGGCGGCAGCGGUACGGCCCCUGGCGGCGGCGGCGCUGCAGACGCCCGCGCCGCCAACAGGAGCGCUACGCCAACGCCGCCGCAUCCUCAGCACCCUCAGCAGCAGGGCGGCGGUGCCGCCGUCAACGCCGCCGCCGCCACCAGCAGCAAUUCGACCUCGGCGGCGGCGGUUGACAUGGAGUUGGUGUCUCUGCGCCUGGCCAAGGAGGCGCUCCAGCGGCAGGUGGCGGAGCUGCAGCGGCAGAACGACCUGCUGCAGCUGCGGCAGCUGGGCACCUCCGGCGGCAUUGCCGGCGGAGCGGACGCGCAGCACCAUCACCACCACCACCACCAUGCCACCUACGGGCCGCACAACCCGCAGCCGCAGGCAUCCUACCACAGCGCCUUCGCCACGCCAGCGGCUGCUUCUGCGCCGCCGCCGCCGCCGCCGGGCGUGGCAGUCGGGGCUGUGUUGGGGUUGCCUGCCGGUCGCGGCGACGCUGGUGGCGGCGGCGGGCAGCAACGUACGCAUGCGGAGACGGCGCCGUCGCCGUUUCGGAGCUUGUGGGGCAGCUGGGGCGCGCCGGCCGCACCAGCUGCUGCACCGACACCGGCAGCGGCGCCGCCGACAGCGGCGGCGGCGGCGGCGGCGGCGGGUGGUCCCACGACGCGAGCAACUAGCGGUGUGGGUGGUGCCGGUGGUGUGGGCGGCAUCCAGGGCCUUGUGGUGACACAGCCGGGUGCAGGCGGAGUGGGAAGUAAGGGGGUGGCGCCGUCGCCAGAUGCCGCAGGCGGUGGUGGCGGUCGCGGCGCAGCGGAGGCGAGCGGCGGCUCCCUAGAGCCCACACGGCCCCCAGCCGCCACCGCCUCCUCCGCGUCGACUUCCGGGCCUCACGCCGCCGCCAGCUCCACCCAUACCGCUCUUGCGGACCGCCGCGGCAGUGACAGCGGCGGCGGUGGUGGUUGCGGCAGCCCGGUCUUCGGACGUACUGCGCCAUUGGCGUCAGCGGCAGUAAACGUGACGGCAAAGGCGGCGGCGGCCAUAGCUGCGGCCAAUGCCAAACCCAGCCUCAAUGCUGACGCCGCUACGUACUACUACGGCAGUCUGCCCCCAGGGCGUAACGCGCUGGCGGCGUCGCCAGUGGCGGCGACGUCUGCUGGUAAAACCACAUUGGGCAGCGGCAGAGGCGGCGGCGGGGGCGGCGGGCGCGGCGGCGGGGCUGCAGGCGGCGGCGGCGGCAACCUCGGCGCCAGCGCCAGCGGCCCCACCCGCAGGUCCGGCAGCGGUGGCGGUGCGGCUCCGCAUGACGUCAGCGCAGGCAGCGCCGGCGUGAGUGGCAGUCGCUCGGGUAGCUUCUCGUCGCGGACGCCGCCGACGCUGCCGGCAGGGCCGCUGCUGCCGGUGACGCCGCGUUUGGGCGCGGCAGGCGCAAGCGCGAGCGCGGCGGGUUUGGCCGGUGGUGCAGGCGGCGCAGGCACCGAGGCCGCGGCGACGGCGGCUGCAGCCUCGUCCGCACCCGCGCCACUACCUCCACGGCCGGCGCCGCCACAGCCAGCCGGCGCGUCCGGCUCUGGCCGCCCGCCCGUGGCGCUGCCCGCUCCGACUCCACAACCCCAGCCCAGUGCCGCGGCAUCCGGCAGCGGGCCCAACGCGGCUCCUGCUGCUGGUGGGCUCCACGCGUCCGCGGCCGCCGGCAGCACGGGCACCACGAGCGCAAGCACGGGCACAGAGCACCCUCCCAUGCCUGCGCCUUCGCAUCCAGCCGUUGCGGCGCCGCCACAGCCGGGCGUUGCAAGCGACGCCGCCGCUGCUGCUGCUGCUGCAGGCAAUUUGCGUAGUACUCGUCUGGGUGCUGCGGGCGUCAAGUUGCCGCCGCCGCCAGCGGGCGUGGAUGCGGCCCUGUGGGAGUUGGACUUGUUGGUGGCGUGCAGCAAGGCCGCCGGAGGGGCAGGUGCGGGGGUGCCGCCAGGCGCGUUUUAUGAUGGUGUUGGCGGUGGCGGUGGCGACAACGGCUAGCCCGGCGGCGGGGUUUGCAGUCGCGCGCCGCUGGAUCGGGAGACGCAGCAGCUGGUGCAGGCUGAGCCUUGGGGCGUAGAUUGAAAUUCGAUCAACAUUCAUGCAUUUUGCGAACUGCGCACAAGAGUGCACACGUGUGGUCUGGGUGCAACUGCACUUCAGGUGGCACAGCCGUCGCCGCAUAGCGAGAUGUUUGGUGAGCGUGCAGUUAGAUGUGCGAAAAUAGGUAGGCAUAGCGAAGGACCGAAUCGCCGUACGGGCCCUGGAUGCCGUACGGGCCCUGAAUGACAGGCGGGGUGUAGAUUUAGCAAGGCUCAGCACAGGGACUUGAGCUUAAGCGAUAGUACGUGACUACGUUGCGGCGCCGUGGCGCCAGGUCCCUGUGCUGCUGGAGUGCAUCACAUGUUGCAGGUGCCAGAGGAACGUGCCUACCGUACCAAGCAGCGGUCGGACGUCUAUAAGACUAUAACCACCAGUUUUGGGUGGGGUCGAAGUUAGCACAGUGUUGGACGGUGCCCCAAGCGCGGUCAAGACCGAGUCAUGGUUGCAGUCCGCCUGUCGGAAGACUUGUAUGUAGGCUGCGGCGGCCGUGUGUCGAGCCCGGGUCAGAAGGCGGAUCCACAGCUGUAACAUUACAGCACC